AUGCCUAAGAACAGCAAGGUGGUAAAACGAGAAAUAGAUGAUGAUGUCAUUGAAUCAGUCAAAGAUCUGCUAUCAAAUGAAGACUCCAUCGAAGAUGCUUUCAAGAAAAGUGAGCUGUCCGUUAAUGAUUCAGAAGACAAAGAUGUAGAUGUGGAAGAGGGAUCUGAUGUAGAAGAAGAGAGACCAGCCUGGAACAACAAACUGCAGUACAUUCUGGCGCAAGUUGGCUUUUCCGUAGGCUUGGGGAAUGUGUGGCGAUUUCCAUACCUGUGUCAAAAAAAUGGUGGCGGUGCGUAUCUUGUGCCAUAUUUAAUUUUGCUGGUGGUCAUAGGAAUACCACUUUUUUUCCUGGAGCUUUCAGUGGGUCAAAGAAUUCGUCGUGGAAGCAUUGGAGUGUGGAAUUAUAUUAGCCCCAAACUUGGUGGAAUUGGAUUUGCCAGCUGUAUAGUGUGCUUUUUUGUGGCCCUCUACUAUAAUGUCAUCAUUGGGUGGAGUUUGUUUUACUUUUCUCAGUCUUUCCAGCAUCCGUUGCCUUGGGACCAAUGCCCUUUGGUAAAAAAUUCUUCGCAUACGUUUGUGGAGCCAGAAUGUGAAAAAAGCUCAGCUACAACUUAUUAUUGGUACAGAGAAGCACUCAAUAUUUCCAGCUCUAUCUCAGAAAGUGGAGGUUUAAACUGGAAAAUGACCAUCUGCUUACUGGCUGCAUGGGUUAUGGUGUGCCUGGCAAUGAUUAAAGGUAUCCAGUCUUCAGGCAAAAUAAUGUAUUUUAGCUCUCUUUUUCCUUAUGUGGUACUUAUAUGCUUUCUAAUCAGAGGGCUACUCUUAAAUGGUUCACUGGAUGGUAUUCGUCAUAUGUUUACUCCUAAGCUUGAAAUAAUGCUGGAGCCCAAAGUCUGGAGAGAAGCUGCUACUCAGGUGUUCUUUGCCUUAGGGCUUGGAUUUGGUGGAGUCAUUGCCUUUUCAAGCUACAACAAGAGAGACAACAACUGCCAUUUCGAUGCGGUUCUGGUGUCCUUCAUCAAUUUUUUCACUUCUGUGCUGGCAACUUUGGUGGUGUUUGCCGUUCUGGGCUUCAAAGCAAAUAUCAUAAAUGAGAAAUGCAUUACCCAAAAUUCUGAAAAGAUUGUUAACCUUCUAAGUGUUGGCAAUCUUAGCAGGACUAUAAUACCUCAUCAUAUUAAUUUAUCAAGCAUUUCAGCAGAAGAUUAUAAUAUACUUUACUAUAUCAUCCAGAAAGUAAAAGAAGAAGAGUUUCCCCUUGGUCUAAAACCCUGCCAGAUUGAAGAUGAACUAAACAAGGCUGUUCAAGGAACCGGCUUAGCUUUCAUUGCCUUUACAGAAGCCAUGACACACUUCCCUGCUGCUCCUUUCUGGUCAGUGAUGUUUUUCCUCAUGCUGGUCAACCUGGGACUCGGCAGCAUGUUUGGAACCAUUGAAGGAAUCACAACACCUAUAGUUGACACCUUCAAAGUGAGAAAAGAAAUUUUGACCGUUAUUUGCUGUCUUCUUGCAUUCUGCAUUGGCCUAAUAUUUGUGCAGCGGUCUGGUAAUUACUUCGUAACAAUGUUUGAUGACUACUCAGCUACGUUGCCUCUGCUUAUUGUUGUUAUUUUGGAGAACAUUGCCAUGUCCUAUAUUUAUGGGAUUGACAAGUUUAUGGAAGACCUGAAAGAUAUGCUUGGCUUUUCUCCAUACCAGUACUAUUACUACACAUGGAAAUAUAUUUCCCCGAUAGUUUUAUUAUUUCUGCUGGUGGCUAGUGUUGUCCAAAUGGUAUUAAGUCCUCCAGGUUACAAUGCAUGGAUUGAAGAGAAGGCAACAGAGGAAUUCCAGAACUACCCAACAUGGGGGCUGAUUGUCUGCAUAUCUCUGAUUAUUCUGGCUAUGCUCCCUGUCCCAGUAGUCUACGUGAUUCGCCGGUGCAACCUUAUUGAUGACAGCUCUGGUAGCUUGGCAGCUGUUUCCUACAAAAGAGGGCGCAUCAUAAAAGAGCCUGUGAAUCUUGAGGGAGAUGAUACCAGUCUGAUUCAUGGGAAGAGUCCGAGUGAGGUGCCCUCUCCAAAUUUCGGCAAAAAUAUAUACCGAAAACAGACUGGGUCUCCAACAGUGGAUACCGCUCCCAAUGGUCGUUACGGCAUUGGUUACAUAAUGGCCAACAUGUCAGAUAUGCCAGAGUCUGACUUGUAG